AUAUUGGAAAUUUGUUCUGCAGGAAAGACGUUUGAAACGAUUGAUCCAAGAAAUGAGGAGGUGAUUGCAAGUGUUGCUGAAGGUGACAAAGACGAUGUUGAUUUGGCUGUCAAAGCUGCACGUGAAGCUUUCGACAAUGGCCCUUGGCCUCGCUUAUCACCCAAGGAGAGGAGAAGGAUAAUGCUGAAGUUUGCGGACUUGAUCCUAGAACAUGUUGAGGAAAUAGCAGCUUUGGAUGCAAUGGAUGCAGGAAAGUUGUUUAGUGUUGUUAAGACUGGUGACAUACCUAAUGUAGCGGACGUUCUCUGUUAUUAUGCUGGUGCAGCGGAUAAAAUUCAUGGAACGACUCUCAAGAUGUCACGUGAGUUACAAGGAUACACAUUGCUCGAACCAAUUGGUGUUGUUGGACUCAUUAUUCCUUGGAAUUUCCCGAGCCCGCUGCUUAUGCAUAAGGUUGCCCCUGCAUUAGCUGCUGGUUGCACCGUGGUCGUUAAGCCUGCUGAACAAACUCCUCUUUCUGCUCUCUAUUAUGCUUAUUUGGCUAAGCAGGCUGGAAUUCCGGAUGGAGUGGUCAAUGUGGUAACAGGAUUUGGACCUACUGCUGGUGCUGCACUUAGCUCUCAUAUGGACGUAGACAAGAUAGGUUUCACGGGGUCGACAGAAGUUGGACGUUUAAUAAUGCAGGCUGCAGCAACAAGCAAUUUGAAACCUGUAUCACUAGAAUUGGGAGGCAAGUCACCUUUUAUAGUAUUUGAUGAUGUAGAUGUGGACAAAGUUGCACCACUUGCUUUUGUUGGAGCAGUAUACAACAAGGGAGAAAUUUGUGUGGCUGGAUCACGCCUUUUCAUCCAAGAAGGAAUUUACGAUAAAUUUGUCAAGAAAUUGGUGGAGAUGGCAAAAACAUGGGUGGUUGGUGAUCCUUUCGAUCCAAAUACUCGUCAAGGACCACAAAUUGACAAAAUACAGUUUGAAAAGGUACUUUCAUACAUUGAACAUGGCAAGAAGGAGGGGGCAACAUUGUUAACUGGGGGCAACUCAUUGGAUAGGAAGGGUUAUUUCAUCGAGCCAACCAUAUUCGUUGACGUCACUGAUGAAAUGACAAUUGCAAAAGAAGAAAUAUUUGGACCUGUUUUGUCAGUAAUGAAGUUCAAGACUGUAGAGGAGGUGAUCAAGAGAGCUAAUUGUACAAAGUAUGGACUAGCAGCAGGUGUUAUGACCAAUGACUUGAACAUUGCUAACACAGUUUCAAGAUCGAUUCGAGCUGGUGUUAUCUGGAUAAACUGUUACUUUGCUUCCGAUCCGGAUUGCCCAUAUGGAGGAUACAAAUGCAGUGGCUUUGAAAGAGAUUUAGGAAUGGAAGGACUUCAUAAGUUUCUUCAAGUUAAAUCUGUAGUCACCCCCAUUUACAACUCUCCUUGGCUGUAAACAUGCAGAAGUUCAAGAGGGGAAAAAAACUACUUGCCAUAAUAUCUCCCUUUUGGCUGAA